AAGCCGCAGCAACAAGAGACGAUAUUCCUCACAAGAGCCUCUUCUCAUCUCCUAAGGUCCCCCAACACCCUCUACAAAAUGCUCACCCUCCCUUCUCACCCCACUACAAUUGCCACCACCAGCGAAACUACAAUUACAAGCUCUUCAAUUGUGUCCCAUGUCGUCGCUCUCAGUGCGCUUUCUUUCUCCUCCCCUGUCCUCUUCCACCUCUGCAUGGCCAAGGAUAAGGUCCUCAUCCACUCAGUCGGUGCCACCUGUUACGGAGGAGGUGGAGGUGGAGGUGGAGAGGCUGGAGCCGAGAGUGGAAGAGAGAGAAGGGUACUGGGUGUUGAAGGAGAAGUUCAGGGAAGGCAUAAACCCUUCGGAGAAGGUGAAGCUUCAAAAAGAGCCCAUGAAGCUUUUCAUGGAAGAUGGCAUAGAAGAGCUGGCCAAGAUGUCAAUGGAGGAGAUUGAGAAUAGUAAAGUUACCAAGGACGAUAUUGAUGUGAGGCUUAAGUGGCUUGGUCUCUUCCAUAGGAGAAAGCAUCAAUAUGGUAGAUUUAUGAUGCGACUGAAGCUACCUAAUGGGGUGACAACAAGUGCGCAAACUCGAUACUUGGCGAGUGUGAUUAGGAAAUAUGGAAAGGAUGGGUGCGCCGAUGUGACAACCAGGCAAAAUUGGCAAAUUCGUGGAGUGGUACUGCCUGAUGUGCCGGAAAUACUUAAAGGUCUAGCAGAAGUUGGCUUGACAAGCCUGCAGAGUGGAAUGGACAAUGUGAGAAACCCUGUUGGGAACCCUCUUGCAGGGAUUGAUCCACACGAGAUUGUUGAUACACGGCCUUACACCAACUUGUUAUCCCAGUUUAUCACUGCCAAUUCAUUUGGUAACCCGGCGGUCUCUAACUUGCCAAGGAAGUGGAAUGUGUGUGUGGUGGGUUCUCAUGAUCUCUUCGAGCAUCCUCACAUCAAUGAUCUCGCUUACAUGCCUGCUGUAAAGGAUGAACGGUUUGGUUUUAAUCUGCUGGUUGGAGGCUUCUUUAGUCCCAAGCGAUGUGCAGAGGCAGUACCUCUUGAUGCCUGGGUCCCGGCAGAUGAUGUGAUCCCAGUGUGCGAAGCCAUACUAGAGGCUUAUAGGGAUCUCGGCAACAGAGGGAACCGGCAAAAAACAAGAAUGAUGUGGUUGAUUGAUGAACUUGGUAUUGAAGGAUUCAGGUCAGAGGUAGUUAAAAGAAUGCCCCAAAAGCAGCUGGAGAGAGCUUCUCCUGAAGACCUGAUUCAGAAGCAAGGGGAAAGGAGAGAUUAUCUUGGUGUCCAUCCACAGAAGCAAGAAGGUUUUAGUUAUGUGGGUCUUCACAUUCCUGUAGGUCGAGUCCAGGCAGAUGACAUGGAUGAACUAGCUCGUUUGGCAGACUCUUAUGGUUCAGGUGAACUCCGGCUGACUGUGGAACAAAACAUCAUAAUUCCAAACAUUGAGAACUCAAAACUCAACGCGUUACUUGAAGAGCCUCUAUUGAAAGACAGGUUGUCACCAGAACCGCCUCUUCUCGUGAAAGGGUUGGUGGCAUGCACUGGCAACCAAUUCUGUGGGCAGGCCAUUAUAGAGACGAAGGCCAGGGCCUUGAAGGUGACUGAGGAAGUUCAAAGGCAAGUGGCAGUGACUCGGCCAAUUAGGAUGCACUGGACUGGCUGUCCAAACAGUUGUGGGCAGGUACAAGUGGCUGAUAUUGGUUUCAUGGGGUGCAUGGCAAGGGAUGAGAAUAGGAAGCCUUGCGAAGGUGUUGAUGUUUUUUUGGGAGGCAGAAUUGGUAGCGACUCACAUUUGGGAGAUCUUUACAAGAAGGGUGUUCCUUGCAAGGACUUGGUGCCAUUAGUGGUGGACAUUCUGGUUAAACAUUUUGGAGCUGUACGGAGGGAGAGGGAAGACGAGGAGGAUUGAUUCAAACAGCCAGAUAACUUAUAUGGAGUUCGUUUAGCAGUUUUGACGAGUCCCUGCAAAUAUUUGUCCAGGAGAUGGGACAUGAAAUAUGAAUGUUGCAUCAUGGUGGGACUAACAUGGGCUGCUCUUUAAUUGGGCUUAGAUUUGCUGAUUUGGUUUUGGAAAUGGUACGAGUCUGUUUGAAUUGUAUGAUGUAUCAAAAUAACAGUCAUGAGUUCAAUGGUCUUAUUAAAAGGAAUAAAAGAAAAGGAAUAUUUUUUUCAUAAACCA